CUUUAUAAAUCCACUUUCCUUCUCAUAUCUCUAAAAAUAUCAGAAUUAAAAGAAUAUACAGAAAUUGCAAAUCAAUGGAAAUUAGGAGGAAGGAAUUGGAGAUAAUACUCACAUUGGCGGUAAUUGCGACUUUUUGGUUAGGGGCUAAUGCACAAUUAAGUUGCAGAAAUGUGCUGAUAAGCAUGUCUCCAUGCCUAAACUACAUAACAGGAAACUCAACAACUCCAUCUUCCCAAUGCUGUACACAACUAGCUACUGUGGUAAGAUCACGGCCUCGGUGUCUAUGUCAGGUCCUUAAUGGUGGAGCCUCCUCACUUGGUGUCAAUGUUAAUCAGACUCAAGCUUUGGCUCUCCCUAAUGCUUGCAAUGUCAAAACUCCCCCCAUUAGCAAUUGCAAUGGGUCUUCACCUGCAGCUUCUCCAUCAGGAACACCAAAUUCUCCUUCAGGAGGUGGAUCCAGGAGUAGGCCAACGGCAGAUAAUGGAACAUCAAAUGGAAAUUCCAUUAACUUUACAUUUUCUUUGCUCUUCUUCUUGUUUUUUAUUGCGUUUCAUGCUCCAGACUCUAUUUCUUAGACCACGGAGUGUGUAUUUUUUUUUUUACAUAAAUGUAAUAAUUCUUCUGCAGAAAUUAUAACAUUUUGGAUUUGGUAUUA